GGAAAAAGUGGAGGACGGUGGUUUGCCAGAUUAGGCAACCACCUUAGAGAUAACAUAAGUACCUCCCUCCUUCCCUGCAGUAGGGGGCGAAUGCAGCUUGGGAAAGUCCAAGUCCACGCACUCCAACUGCAACUGCAACUGCAACUGCAACUGCAACUGGGAUAUACGACUUAACACGGCGGCGGCAACCGAUUGGUUACCUAAUCGUGGAAACGGACGGUUUUGAGCGAUAGUUAACAGAGGUAGCGUUGCUGCCACCGUCGCACUCCUUCAACCUUACCCUCGUACUCCUCGACCUACGACAUCUCGGGAUGUGAUUCGCAUUAAACUGUGCUAUUCUUGUGAACGCCUUUUUCGACUAUACCGUUGGCAGAGCGAGUACGGCGUCAGCUCCCAUGACACCCCGUGGUGCUACCCCAUUUCGCUAUCUGACAUUGUCACGCAGUCAGGCCCCGGCGUCUAUAUAAGUCGAGCCGGACGCCUCUGUUGCUCGCAGCUCUACAUGGAGACUUGGCCCGCGAGACAUCCCGAUUCCACCCCUCCUCCUAGCACGAAACAGCAAGCCCGUAGCCUUGGCACCGUCUGUAGCUAAGAGUCGGCAACAUGGCGAUAUCGCAAGCGAAGCAGCCCUACUUCGGGUUCAAAGGCAACAAGCUGAUUUUCUGGAUCACGCUUGCUUGCGCUACGGAUAUGACAUUGUUCGGAUAUGAUCAAGGUGUAUUCAGUGGCGUGGUCAUCUCCCAAGACUAUCUGGAUGUCCAUGAGCUACGGGGCCCCGAAAACACCAACAUGCUGUCCAUCAUCACGUCCAUCUACACCAUCGGGUGUUUCUUGGGUGCCGUUGCUGCUCUCUUGGUCGGCGAGAGGUACGGUCGGACGAAGACCAUAUUGAUCGGCACCGCUAUCAUGACUGUCGGUGCGAUUCUCCAGACUACGUCCUACAGCAAACCGCAUAUGAUAGUCGCUCGUAUCGUCUCGGGAAUCGGCAAUGGGAUCAAUACGGCCACCGCACCGGUAUGGCAGACGGAAACUUCCAAGGUCCACAGCCGGGGCAAGCUGGUUCUCCUCGAGAUGGGUUUGAACAUAUUCGGGCUCUCCUUGAGUAACUGGGUCAACUACGGCAUGUCCUACACCCAAGGUUCCGUUGUCUGGCGGUUUCCCGUGGCACUCCAGCUCGUCUUCUGCAUUAUUCUCUUCUGUACGGUCCCAUGGCUGCCCGAGUCUCCCAGGUGGCUGCUUGCUCACGGCCGGGAAACCGAAGCUACCUCGAUCCUGGCCGACCUUGAUGACUUGCCAGUAGACGAUCCGCAUAUUGCCGCAAAGAAGAACGAGAUCUUGUUUAGUAUCGAGUACGAGCGUAAGAACGCGAGUAACUGGGGAGAUCUCCUUCGUGGCCGCACCGGUGCGGGAACCAAGACCAUCCGUCGGUUAAUCCUUGGGUCGGGGACGCAGGCGAUUCAACAGUUUGGCGGUAUCAAUAUCAUGUCUUACUACCUCCCCACAGUGCUGAUCGAGUCCGUCAACCUCGAGGAAAGCAUGGCUCGUCUGAUCGCGGCCUGUGCAUCCGUCGUGUACCUUGCCGCUGCGCUCGCCGCGGCGCCUCUGGUAGAGAGGCUGGGCCGUCGAAUGAUGAUGAUGGUUUCUACAGGAAUCCAAUUGUUCUGCUUCCUGCUCAUCACGAUUCUGCUUUCUCUUUCGGAGAAACCUGGCUACGCCCACCAGGUCGAAGUGGCAGAAGCUUCCAUCGUGUGGUUCUUUGUUUACUACAUCGGCUUUGGCUUAGGAAUGUUGGGUAUUCCGUGGCUCUAUCCCACCGAAAUAAACUCCCUUCCUAUGCGCACUAAGGGUGCCGCACUUGCCACGAUGACGAACUGGAUCACCAACUUCAUCGUCGUUGAAGUAACGCCCAUUGGUAUUCAGAACUUAAGCUGGAGGUUCUACAUCAUCUGGGUGGUGACCAACGCGCUGUUCCUACCCCUUAUCUGGCUCUUCUACCCCGAGACGGCGAACCGCACCCUCGAGGAUCUGGAUGCGUAUUAUCGCGACGACCCGCCCCUGCUCCUCUUCCGCGACCGUGACUCGACUUCUCUGCGACGGCCUGCGAAGUUCGCUGACGCCCAGGACCGCGAUGUCGAAGAGGCCACGGAGAACAUGCGCCGGCGUUCUAUUUUUGUCGAUGAGUCGAAGGACCAGUCGAGCGAUUGAGGCGCCGACUCUAGGCAUCCUGGUUCGACGUUUUUCAAGGAGGAAACCGAAGUUUUUUUUUUUUAACGAAUGACGCGAGCAUACUAGGUAACCCGGCGGCGCAUAUGGCACGUCCCUGGGCGAGGAGUGCUUCGGGAACUCCUCAGCUGGCGUAACAGGCCUGCAUGAGCUUUGCUCAAAGGGGAUCACAUAUUAGCACCCGAAACUAUGCCAGAUAUAUGAUACCACAUGGAUUUGCUAUUUAGAGUAGAUCGAGGCCUGGGAGGAGAGGAAACUAACAACUGGGAAUGUAUGCUAUUACCUUUUUAUAAGCUAGGCUCUCGCUUCAUAGGGCAUGAUGUGGUAUUACUGCCUGUAGUUGGAGUGAAAAUCGAUGAUGCGGUAUCUCGAUGCACACCCAUGUACGUUGACUAUCCUCUAUUAUUGCCGCAAACCGGCGGA